GAGGGUGAGGGGUGGGGGGGAGGAUGUGUGGAAUUUUUCCCAGCUCCAGGUUUUCCAGCCGGAAGAUGGCAGCAAGAUCCCGCAGCAUUCCCGGGAGUGGGAACAGCUCCAUCCAACCCUCUGGAAGCGGCUCCAACUUCUCCCGUUCCCAAAUCCCGGCCGGAUCCUGGGGAGCUCUUUCCCUCCUCCAACCUUCCCUUGGAAAAACUCUCCGUGCCAAUGGAAAAAGGGGAGAUUUGGGAAGCGGAGGGGAGGGGGGAUGGAAUUGGGGUGGGAGGGAGCUGCGGUUUCCCGGGAGCCGUUCCCGGAGCGACGGGAUCGCCUUUGGGAAAAAAAAAAAAAAAAAAGGAAAAAAAAAAAAAAAGGGAAGGAGCAUGGGAUGGCUCAGCCGCCUCCUCAGCCAGUUCUCCUGGAAGGGAUGCUCUGCUCCUAACGCCCCGGGUGUCCUGAGGAUGACGACCAUUCCCGAUCCCUUGGGACGCCCCCGGAGCAGCUCCUCCCGCAGCCUUUCCGGGACGCCGGAGGCCAUGGGGACGCCGGAGACGGAUCGGGAUCAUUGGGAUCAUCGGGAUCAGGAGGAGACACGCAUCCUCAAGGUUUGCUUCUACAGCAACAGCUUCAACCUGGGCAAGAACUUCAAGCUCGUCAAGUGCUCCGUGGCCACGGAGAUCCGGGAGGUGAUCCGCUCCAUCCUGCUGAGCGGGCGCAUCGGGCCGGACAUCCGGCUGGCCGAGUGCUACGGCCUGCGCCUCAAACACGUCAAAUCCGACGAGAUCCAUUGGCUCCAUCCCGACCUCACCGUCGGAGAAGUCCAGGAAAAAUAUGAGUCCCUCCACCUUGAAGCCGAAUGGAGGUACGACCUCCAGAUCCGGUAUCUGCCGGAGGAUUUCAUGGAGCGCUUCAAGGAGGACAGGACCACCCUGCUCUACUUCUACCAGCAGCUCCGCAGUGAGUACAUGGAGAACUUCGCCAGCAAGGUCAGCGAGGGCAUGGCGCUGCAGCUGGGCUGUCUGGAGCUCAGGCGGUUCUACAAGGACAUGCCCCAGAAUGCGCUGGACAAGAAAUCCAAUUUCGAGUACCUGGAGAAGGAGGUGGGGCUGGACCUGUUCUUCCCCAGGCAGCUGCUGGAGAGCCUCAAGCCGCGGCAGCUGCGGAAGCUGAUCUACCAGACAUUCCAGCAAUACGCGCUCCUGCGGGAAGAGGAGUGCGUCCUGAAAUUCCUGCACACCCUGGGCACCUUCGCCCCCAUGGACCAGGAGAGCUUCCGCUGCCAGCUCGUCCAAGGAUGGAACAUCACCGUGGAUCUGGUCAUCAGCCCCAAGGGCAUCCACCAGGUGACCAGCAAGGACUCCAAGCCCACCUGCCUGGCGGAAUUCCGGGAUAUCAAAUCCAUCCAAUGCUCCGCGGUGGAGGACGGCCAGGCCCUGCUGCAGCUGGGGCUCAACGGGAACCCCCAGUCCCUGGCGAUCAAGACGGCGUCACUGGCAGAGGCAGAAAACAUGGUCGACCUCAUUGAUGGCUACUGCCGGCUCCAGGGGGGCUCGGAGACAUCGCUCAUCGUACUCCUGAGGAAAGAUCGUGAGAAGAGGAUCAGCCUCCCACAGAUUCCGGCCCCGAAUCUCGGGGAGAGGAAUUCCACGCUUUCCCACAGCGUCAGUGGGGAUUCCGAAAUAUAUGCUGAAAUCCUGGAUGAAUCCUCGAGGCCAAGAUCUGGAAUCCAGCACUACGGAAUCUCCCGGGACGACGUUGUGCUGGGCCGGAUCCUCGGGGAAGGAUUCUUUGGAGAGGUCUACGAGGGAAUUUACACCACCCCGAAAGGGGAGCGCAUCAACGUGGCCGUGAAGACCUGCAAGAAGGACUGCAGCCCGGAAAACCGGGAAAAAUUCCUGAGAGAAGCCGUGCUGAUGAAGAAGCUGGACCACCCCCACAUCGUGAAGCUCCUUGGCAUCGCCGAGGAGGAGCCCACCUGGAUCAUCAUGGAGCUCUAUCCCUACGGAGAGCUGGGGCAGUACCUGGAGCAGAACCGGCUGGGCCUGGCCGUGCCCACCCUGGUGCUCUACGCCCUGCAGGUCAGCAAGGCCCUGGCCUACCUGGAGGCCAUCAACUGUGUCCAUAGGGACAUCGCCGUCAGGAACAUCCUGGUGGCCUCUCCGGAAUGUGUUAAACUGGGAGACUUCGGCCUCUCCCGCUACAUCGAGGAUGAGGAAUAUUACAAAGCUUCCGUCACCCGCCUGCCCAUCAAGUGGAUGUCACCGGAAUCCAUCAACUUCCGGCGCUUCACCACGGCCAGCGACGUCUGGAUGUUCGCCGUGUGCAUGUGGGAGAUCCUGAGCUAUGGAAAGCAGCCGUUCUUCUGGCUGGAAAACAAGGAUGUGAUCGGAGUCCUGGAAAAGGGGGAUCGGCUUCCCAAGCCCGACCUGUGCCCGCCUGUCCUCUACACCCUCAUGACGCGCUGCUGGGAUUACGAUCCUGGGGAAAGGCCCAAAUUCCAAGAGCUGGUUUGCAGCCUGAGUGACAUUUACCUGAUGGAGAAGGAGCUGGCCAAGGAGCAGGAGAGGAACAACCGGCACCGGCCUCCCAAAAUCCUGGAGCCGCCGGCAUUCCAGGAGCCGCCUCCGAAGCCCAGCAGGCCCAUGUACAAGCCGCCAUCCCAGAAUAACCUCCUGGCUCCCAAGCUGCAAUUCCAGGUUCCGGAGGGGCUCUGUGCCAGCUCUCCCACCCUCGCCAGUCCGGCCGAGUACCAGAGCCCGGCAAAUUCCCGGCGCACUCCGCCUCCCAGCCGGCACAAUGUCUUCAAGCGCCACAGCAUGAGGGAGGAAGAUUUCCAGCGGCCCCGGAGCCGGGAAGAGGCUCAGCAGCUGCUGGAGCUGGAGCGGCUCCGGGUGGAGCAGGCCAUGGAGCGGCAGCAGAAGGAGAUGCUGGAGGACGAUCGCUGGCUGCGGGAGGAGGUGAAGAGUCUGGAUCCCAAGGUUUUCCUGAACAACAACAUUCCUCCGCUGCUCCCGGAGAAGGAGACAGAUUACACGCAAUUCACGGGGCCCCCCCAGAAGCCUCCGAGACUCGGGGCUCAGUCCAUCCAGCCGGCUCCCACGGCCAACCUAGACCGCACGGAUGAUCCGGUGUACGGGAAUGUCAUGGAUCUGGUGCGGGCCGUGCUGAGGCUGAAGAAUGAGAUCAGCCUGGUGCCUCCCGACGGAUACAUCCUGGUGGUCAAGAACAUUGGCCUUUCCCUGCGGAAGCUCAUCGGGAGCGUCGACGAGAUCCUUCCCAGCCUUCCGUCCUCUUCCCGCACCGAGAUCGAGGGCACCCAGAAGCUGCUCAACAAGGACUUGGCCAACCUCAUCAGCAAGAUGCGCCUGGCGCAGCAGAAUUCCGGCACUUCCCUGAGCUCGGAAUUCCAGCGGCAGAUGCUGACGGCUUCCCACGCCCUGGCCGUGGAUGCCAAGAACCUCCUGGACGCCGUAGACCAGGCCAAGCUCCAGGUCAACCUGGCCAAGCCGCUCUCGGAAUGAGGGAAGGGAUUCCGGAACGAUCCGGGAAGAGUCGGCUUUUCCAUGGUUUUAUUUUCCCCUUCCCGCUCUCCCUGUCU